AGGGGCAUACCUGCUAUACGCAAGUAAUGGGCAGAAUGUCUGCCGGAGAUCGCACAGACGUAAACAAAUUACAGUAGAUGCCAAAGGGCGAUGGCUCGACGCUAACGACGAGCGAGAGAGAGGGGCUCCGGGAAACGAGCGGAACGCACCUGGAGCGCUCGGCGCUGGCGCGUGCGCCGCAAGGAGAGCGGAAGAAGUAGAAGAAGAAGAAGAAGAAGAAGAAGCAGCAGCAGCAGCAACAGCGGCAGCAGAAGAAGUGGUGGACUGGCAUGGCUUCAGCCUAUAAAAGCCGAGGCACGCGGCCGUCCCUCUUCGUUUAAGCCGCAACAUCGUCAAGUGAACAAGACGCGCGCGCGCUCCGACCGCCUCGCAGUGCUCAAGGACUCUGCGAACCGUACCCGCCGCACGCUACAGCGCAGACGUGUGUCUUUCGAGCUUUCCUCGAGAAAAGGAGCCGUUCAGUCUUGACGACGUAACCGAGAGUCAGCAUGAAAUUGGCGGUGCUACUGGCACUGUUGUGCUGCCUGGCGUUGGGCGCCCUCGCCACCCCUGUACCAAAGUCAUCCACGAGUCGAGCCGGCCAAGAGUCGAGGCAGGCGGCGGCCGCAUCAUCUCCGGUCGCAGCCGCGUCCGACGAUGACGACGACGACGACGACGUCGACUUCGACAUCACCGGCGAGGAUGACGACGACGACGACGACGACGACGACGACGACGACGACGACGAUGACGACGACGAUGACGACGACGACGAUGACGACGACGACGAUUAUCUCGAGAGAUUCAUCGACGAAGUCCUCGGCGGGGAGGACGACGAUGACGACGACGAAGCGAACGCCGUGGAGCCAGCGGCGUCGGCAGCAGUCUCAGCCGUACAGCCAGUGGCCGCCUCGGCGAACGCACCGGUGAUUCCGCCGGCAGUGCAAGCCGAUUUGGACGCAGAGCUGAACAGCGCCUCGGCAACCGUCGCCGAGACCGACGCCUCGCUAGCGGAGGAGGCCAACUCGUACGAGGACGAGGACGUGCCCGAGGGCCAGGCAGCCGGCGCGAUUCAGGACGCAACGAUCGAAGGUGCCGAAUCCGUGAGCAAUCCCGUGGUGCUCCAACAGACCGUCAGCAACGCUGUCCCAGCAGCCGCCCCAGCAUCCAGCGACGACGAUGACGACGACGACGACGACGACGACGACGAGGAGGUCGAUUUCGACGUAACUGGCGACGACGACGACGAUGACGAUGACGACGACGACGACGACGAGGAAGCCGACGAGGAGGAGGAGGAGGAUGACGAGGACGAGGAUGACGAGAUCGAGGGCUUGGCUGACAUCGCCGGCGCGCGCAAGCACCGAGCACGAGCGUUAAGUUCGUCGUCAAGCACCGACGUCUCGGCCAUCUACGUGGCCAAGUACAAUCGGUUCGUCGACACGAUUCUCAACCGCAUCAACAAAAUUCUGAAGGAGAAAUACGACCCGGUGACGGUGAGAUUGAUCAACCCAAGUAUAACGACCACCACCAAGAAGACCAAGAAGACAACGUCGAGCAAAAAGAAGACCAAGAAGACUAAGAAGUCCAAGCGCAGGAAAGGUAGCCGCGCGAGGAAGAACAACGUUGCCUUUGGUGCUACGCGGAUCGAAGAGAUGUUGCUUGUACCUCAAAACUCGAGCAAUAGCUCCGACGCAACCGCGCCUCCCGAGUCGAUCAAAGCGAUCGAGACGAGUACGUCAGUCGCGAUGAUAGCAGACUCCGAAGAGCCAACGACUUUGUUGCCGGAACUGGCCACCCGAUUAUCGACGAACGAGGUGACCGCUACGACAACCAGCCGACGAGCCUCUGCCACUCCAGCUACCGUAAUCAAACGCAAGAAGCUCAAAACCAAAUCGGGGAUCCACCAGCCCAGCAAAAUUACUACUGCUCGGCCAACCAAAGUCAAGAGACCCAGUACUUCUUCGAGCAACAAGGUGAAAGCGCCGGCGCCUACAAGCAGUACGGGCAUCGUGAAGCGCUCGAAGGCCAAGGCGACGCUUUACGGAUUGUCGUCAUUGAAGCGCUCGGGCGAUGUGUCGGUGAACAUGAUGAGCGAUCAUACUACCAUCCGGACGAAAUUCAACCUUGGGCCGCUGAUUCUGAAAGUCGAAAAGGCAUUCGGUAGAGCGAACCGCAAGGAGGUACGCAGUGCCACCGCGACCACCGCCGAAAUGUCCGGUCGACUGAGCCUCAGGGUCUAUCACGGCGGUGCUGCCACCCUGCACUCCAUUCGCGUCCUCCAACCGAAGCAGAUGCGCAUCGAGUCAGCGGACGAUCACGACCGGACGCGCGAGUUCGUCUGGAAGCGAAGCUCGCACAUCGCGCACCUCGUCUCGCAAAAGCUCUCCUCGGCGACUCGCUCCAUGCUACGUCCGCCGCCUGCCGCGGCCGCUUGAUUCUUCGACGCCGAGAUUCGUCCACUGCCAUCCGAUGCCACCAACUCACUACUUCUAUUUAUUUAUUUAUUUAUUUAACUUAUUCGACGACAAUUGUUAGCUGCUUUGGAAUGACGCGAUCGCGGGGAUCAAUUUUGUUGUGUUGUUUAUCUGGUGGCAACAGCUAUGCUUGACAUUGAUCGGUAGACAAAAUCACUAUUAUUUCGACAAGCCUAGCGUUUGCAUUUCUUUUUCUAUUGGUACUUCAUUUUAUUUAUUUUUACUCU